GUGUGCUACACUAACCUACAAGCUGUGGUUGUCAUAGAACUCAACCGACUCGAGUACAUAUUGAGCAAACAAACUUUACGAAAAUUCCGAUACACAAACGCUGGCAGUUUCGUUGGGUAUUUUUUGUUGCAACCGCAGUCGUAGUUAUGUCCGUACGUGACCAUCAGUAUGGAUCCACGGUGCGCCACACUAUUGUGGCCAGGUCCAACCGGCCGGUGAUCAACCGGAUGCUCCGCUCCGCCCGUCUGGACUCCACGGUGGGUCAGAAUGCGGCCAAGCCGGUCAAGGAGAAGAGGACGGAGACAAAGCUGCAGCUCAUGCAGAAGGAGCGAUCCUCGAGCAGCGGGAUGAGUGGCUUCUCCAAGCUGUCCUCCCGCGGCGGCUUGGAGGGCAAGGACUACUGGAACGCGGCCAUCGAGGACGUGGAGUUCGCCGCCGCCUGUCGCUUCCAGCCGCGGAUUCCCGUCAUCGACUACUCACUGGUGCUGCCACAGAGACUUCGGGAAAGGGUCAAGCGGAUCCAGAACUACGACUACUCAAAGUCCGAUGAUGACAUCUACAUCCGCGACGAGAUGCAGGAGGUGAGGCCAGAGGACUACAUGAGUGCCAGCAGCUCUGAAAAAACCGAUGAGGAGGAGGACACUGUGCACCUUGAUAUCCGUCGAAAGAAGGUGGAGGAGUACUUCAACGAGAGCGAACACUCGGACAUUGUGCGCAUGGAGCACGAGUUUGAGAAGUUCGAUCUUAAACUGGACGAGCCCGUGGGUCACACCCAUCGGUCCGUGGACAAGACCAGCUGGUACGCCAAGUUCCUCUGUGCUCCGCGGGACAAGAGGGUCUGCUGGCAAAGCCGAGUCGAGCAUCCCGGCCAGAAUUACUCCAUGGUAACACUAGAUGAGCAGGCUGAGAACCUCAUGGAUGCGUCUGCUGAACGUUUUGUGGAGUGGCUCAACUCCUUUGGCACUUUGGAAAGCAACCUGACUCCAGAGAAGGUCAAGAACCUAUUUUCCAUCAAGGGAGACCGCACUUUGCUGGCCUCCGUUAAAACAGAUCCCAAGGAGGUCAAUGCCAUAGCUCAAACUGUGGCCGAUAAAUGGAAUAAGCCACAUAUGGCCAUUGAGCUGAAGUACGAGAAGCACAUCAACGAUCACGCCUCCCGAGUGAACCAGAAACCCCUGCUAAGUGCAUUUGGUCGCACUGUGCCGCUGAAGGAUCGUCCUUGGUUGAAGAGAUCGGGCGACACUGCCAUUAAAACCGUUUAUCCAGAGGAGCUGCUGACCCGCGAGAAGAUCUUCAAGGGAAUCACCCACCUGCGCAGCACCACUGCCCUCAUCGAUUUCUAUCUGAACCACCCGGAACUGGAGCGACCGCAAUAUCUUUUGCAGAGCGGCGACUUCGAGGUGUCCAGUGCCAGUGUUUCUGAGGUCGAGGUGCCGCUCUACGAACUGCUUGGAUUGCGUUACUAGCGCUGUUUCGUAAAAGUGUAUCCUUAAAAUUGCCAGUUGACCGAACGCCAAUGCAAAACAGAUUUAUAUUUGAAAAAAUAAGUACAAAUCUCUCAUAAAAAUUGUAUAUUUUUGAGCAUUA